AUGAGUAUAUUUGAAUCGCAAAAUGCUGUUGAAGAGAUGAGAAACAAUAUUGGAAGAUAGCAAAAUUUAUCUAAUAUUUAUAAAGAAGUAGGAAGUCCUUCAGAGCAUUCUCUGUAAAGGUUUUAAUCUAAUGAGAUAAAUGUAGUUAUUUUUCCCCCAGCAACAGUUUAAUGAUGGGUAGCAAGAGUAAAGUUCUAAUUCACAAAUCUAUCGAGAUUGCGACAACUCAGCCAUUGGGGUAUGAAUACUAAUAUAAAUACAGACUAACUAGAGUAUGGAAGAGUAAUGGUUUGAUCAUCAUCACAAUGAUUAUGAGAUUCCUUUACACAUUGAAAUUGUAAACAGAAUCAAUGAAAUACAAACUUUUAAACAAAAGGAUAUUUACGAUUAUUCAGGAUGCUUCAUCAGAUUAUUUAAAUCUUGUACGAUAUAGAAAUAACAAAUAUCAUAUUAAGGGAAGGUCAGAAUUGCAAGUUCAAUAUUCUCUAUUUAAAAAAUAAAUUAGGUCAAUCUUUGAAUAUUAUGGGGGAUUCAUUCCAAUAUUUUAGCCAGAUCAAAGAUUCAUAAUGUAUUAUGAGUUCUGCUUUAUAAUUUCUAUCCUAUUAAACCUAUUCUAUGUACCAAUUAAUAUCAGUUUUUUGAAUCAAGAUAUCUCAAUACUUUUUGAUGCAUUCCCAGCAGUGCUAUAAGUCCUAUGGAUUUUGGUGCAAUUUAAUCUUUCGUUCUAUGAAGAUCAGAUAAUGAAAAAGAGUAGAAUUGACAUCGCAAGCAACUAUAUGAAAAGCUAUUUUUUAUUAGAUUUGUUAAUAGUUGUGACAACUUACUUGUAGAUACUUUAUGGUUAUUUCAUCCCUUUGAUCUCAGUGUUUUUGAGGAUUCCUCUCUUGAUUCGUGUACUGGAUUAAUUUGAAUACAAUACAAACUUCAAAGAAAAUUUGGCAGCUGUAUUUGACUUAAUUAAAUUGAUUGUGAUGUUAAUUUUCAUCAUUCAUUGUUGUGCAUGCAGUUGGCAUUUUCUGGGAGUGUACGAAAUGGAACAUUAUGCGCCUGGAAAGAAUUGGUUAGAGUACUAUAGUAUUAGUCACUAGAGUUGGAUAGAGCAGUAAGACUAUCAUAUUUAACUAAAGAUACAUAGCUUCCUUAUAUUUCAGUGUAAUCACUACCCUAACAGUGGGAUAUGGUGACCUAACACCUCAAUCUGCCUACGAACAACUGUUUGUGAUUUUGGUGGCUAUGAGUCUUUGUGGUAUGUUAGGUUACACGAUUUCAAACAUUGGUGAAAUCUAUAGAUCAAUGAAUGAGAAGAAGCAGCAAUACAAAACUUAGAUGAAGGCCAUUGAGUAAAUCAUAAGGCAACGCAAGUUGAAUGACAAGUUAUCCAUCAAAGUUAGAAAAUACUACCAGCAUUUAUUUCAAUAAGAACAACAAGAAAAUUCAUUGGGCGAGUAAUUGCUGACUAAAUUAACCAAAAAUCUAGAAGAGGAAGUUAUGAUUGAUUCUUAUAAAACCAUUCUGAUGAACUCCUAUCUAUUGAGGCAAUUCAAAGAUUCUACAGUGGAGCAAUUGUGCACAAAAGUUAAAGUCAUCAAAUUACAACCUGGUGAUGAAGUUGUUAAAACAUAACAAUUUGCUGAUCAUCUAAUAUUCCUUCUGAAUGGAGAACUAACUUUGCUCGGACACAAUUCAAGACAACCGAUUGUACUUAAAUAAUUGACUGGGGGCACUGUCAUUGGAGAACAAGAAUUCACUGAAUAAGGAUACUAUGAUUAUAUAAUUAUCAGUUAAGGAUACAGUAAGAUAGCUGCUAUUUCUAGAGCUUCAUUUUAUGAAAUAUUAUAGUAUGAUAGUUAGGAAUUCGAGAAGAUGUGUAAAAUUAGAGAUUAAUAUAAAUUUAGUGUAAGGAAAAAAAAUGUUAUAGGAAGGACAUGCGAAAUCUGUGGUUGGACUCAUGGGUACUUGCAAUGUCCAAUGACAUUUUAUUAGGUCGACAAAAUGAAAUUAUUGACACAUCAUAGAUAAAAUUAGGAUUAAGAGAGGAAAUUUUAUAAAGACUUCAGAAGAUCCAAAAAGUUUAAUACUUUAACAGAAUUGCUCCAAAUUCAAAAUGGUUGUCUAGAUUUUAUGAUUAGUCAGAAAUUAGUUGAUGAAAUGUAAUCUUUCCAUAUCCAAUAUAUAAUUAGACCCAAUCAUGAUCAAAAUGAAGACGGUACUUAAAAAAUGAGAGUCAAUAUCCAGGAUUUGGAAUCUUCUCAUUUCAGUUCCAGCAGGUCCAUUCAAGAAGAUAUCAAGGGGAAUGUCAAUACGAUUAUGAAGUCUCCCACCAACAGUUCUAGAUUCUAGCUGAUUUGCAAGUAGAUCGAUUAAUAACGGGAGCAUCUUCAACAAUAAACCUUUGCCAGAAAAAAUCUCAAGAAACAAUCCUUGAUUGUGGAUCACAAUUUUAAACGGAAGGAAAAAGAAGAUGACAUCAAAGAAUACAUUGAUGAGAUUAUAGAGAAGUUGAAUAUGCAUCAAAAGGAAAAGGAGAAGUCUAUAGUUACUGCUCAUUCUAAAAUUUCAACCUAUAAUCCUGACUUGGAGUUUGAAGUUAUGUAAUCUUAUAAAUAUUACUUUCCUCAAUUUAAUAUAGACAAUAUACUUGAACGAGUUAACCAAAAUUAUGAAAGGUUUAUGCAAAAAAACAAGAAAAACCCUAUUCGUAUAUUUGUUAAUCGUAGAAAAUUGAAGAGAAAGAUUAUGAUUUCUGAUUGA